AUGGCGCGCCCUAAAACAGUUCGCGCCCCGACAACAGCCAGUCUUCCAAAUAACCUCCGCAUUCCCUCAUCGACCCCGUCCCUCACAAAAUCCCUGGGAAAGCUAUCCAGACAAGCACUACUAGAUCUGGCAUUUAUAUGGCUUGACGAUCGCAACAUCGCCUCAUUUCCACCAUACCUACAGACUGACGAAAAAGAUGGCCCCGACGAUGACGAAGCCCUCCCCUACCCCGCGGAGGAGACAAUCGAACAAGUCCGCCAAGUAUAUGAAGAUCUUCAGGACCGAAAGGGCGCAAAGCGCGAAGUGCUCGAACGAAUUCUGGAAGGCGAUUGGCGGCAUGGAAUCACACUACGCCAGCUGGCCAUGGCAGACCUCCGCUAUAUGGACGAUCACCCCGCCAGCCUUCGAUGGACCGCACUCGAGCUCAGUCGCAUUGAUACAAAGCGCAAGGUCUCCAAGAAACUACCGCCAACUGACUGGUCCAGUUCUGUACCGCGCAUGCAAGGGGCAACAUUUGUGCAAGGCCUCCAGCGAGAAAUCUCCCCAUUGGUCAAGGCUCACUAUCACCUCGCCCACUCGGCAACAUUGCCGCUGACAUUCUUACGUAUCUUUGUCCUUGACUCGCCAUAUCAAUCUCCUAGGCAGGCAGCCGACGUCUUUACUGAUUCGUCCCGAGUCAUCUAUGUCGCUUUCCCGGAUAGUUGCCCCUACGUCUACACUUCUAUAGCAGCAUCCACCGGAUCAAAGUCUGCUCCUUCGACAAGCUCGGUGGCUACUGAUACUCGAACUCUCCAGCGCCUGGUGCGUGAUUCCAUUCCCAAAGCUCUAUCUCGUCCGCAGGAACGAUUCUCUCUGCAAGCGACAUCACUGGCAGCAAAGAAUCUGCCCACACUCUUAGCCCUUCGCGGACCGGGACGAUCAACGGCGUCAAAUGGCGCCUUUAGCAUAUUUGCAGACGCAGCUAUUGAAGGAAGUCCUUUGGACCCUCGACCCUCCAAUACAGUCUCACCUGAAGAGCAUAUCCGAGCGGGUCAUUCUAGUCUAGCAGAAGGCAAAGAAAAUACCGAUGGCUUAUCGACCAAACGAAGAUCCAGCGGUGUUGAUACAGGUCCCCUCUCUCCGGAUUCGAAGAAACGUCGUCUGGCCAUCGAUUCCCGAUUCGGAACAUUGGGGUCAUCACUCGCCCAGGCACCGCUGGACCGUCUUGAUAUCCGGCUGCUUGACAAACCAGGCUCCAGUGAACAGCAGGAUGAUGAUAUUGACGACUCUACGUCCACGCCCGCCGUGUCACUCACUUUCUCCGGCUCCGACGUCAUCGCCGGGAUUCGCAAACUUGCUGAGCUAGGCAUCGUUAACCCUGAGCGUAUGCCGUCGUGGAUGACUGGAGAGGAAGGUGUUAGUGUUGCGACUGUUCGACUAGGCCAACGACUUCAAAAGGGUAUAUAA